AUGGAUUCCAAAGAUAUCCUGGCAGUUCACUCAACGCUUCAUUUGAUUUUUCAUCGCAAUAAGAACCAGCAUCACCGAACUAAAUGGUGGAAAUGGCUAUCUAUUCUGAAGCGCGCCACAUUGGAUCUUACCGGACCAAACGCGGUAGAAUGCCAGAAGCACCUGGCCACAUAUAUAAUUCCGAGAUGUUACAUGUAUGGAAUGAUGCCCGAGAUCUCGAGCUUGGCUAACCCUAUGUCCAGGGCAUUUUCAACUGUCGUUGCCGAUAACCAGUUUUCUACGCUUGGAAUCGUGCUGCUAGCUGCAUUGGCGCGACUGUCCAAAAUAACUGGGACCAGUCAUCAGAUGAAGAUGCAACCUGCAAGGAAAUCCAAAACAGCCACUCCAGUUGUCACAAAAGAAGAUAUCGGGGAAUGCGUUCGCCGAGCUGAUGCGCCGCGACCGGUCAAGGUUUCUAAUCCCAAUGCCUCUGUCUCCGAGAAGCCGGAGAGAGACGGGGCUGGAAAAAGUGUGAAAAGGAAGAAAAAGAAGAAUGCUAUUGAUGAUUUGUUCAGCGGUCUAUUUUGA